AUGUAUUUCACUCGCUUCGUGGAAAUAUCUUGCACGAUCGCCCUGCUGGCUAUUAUAUGUCUAGCUCAGCAUGACUGUGGCACAAGCUAUGUUACCGUUACUGAAACUGAAACCGUGUCGGUGAUGACUGAACUCUCAAUGGAUUCUACAAAACCAACCAAGGUCCCAACAGCUCCAGCAAUACCAGGCAACAUCGUCGAGAAUGGAGGUGGACAACCUGACAGCCACGUUACUAAAACCGAAACUGUGUUGGCAACGACCGAGCUCUCAAUGGAGCCUACGGAACCAACCAAGGCCCCAGCGGCUCCAAAAAUACCAGGCACCAUCGUCGAGAAUGGAGGUGGACAACCCCACGGCCACGUCUGUGGGUAUGAAAGUGGGAAUGGAGGUGGAUGUCGCAUUCGCGUUUCUACUUAUUACUCAAACUCGACAGUUACCGGUCCUACAUCAUCAAUUCAGAGAGAAUCGUCUUCAGCCUCUUGGAAGACUUGGGAAACAAGUAUCGCUUCUUCAAGCCCUUCUGUCAAAUCAAGUCCUGCUGUCUCCACCAGUGCUUCAUCGCGUUCAGCCGUUAGCGUGCCGUCUGCCGUUCUAACCCUAACUCUAAGUCAUAUCACCAGCUCGACCAAGUCUGCUUUGACAGUAUCAUCGCAGAGCCACAAAGCUACUAGCACGACUAACUCAGAUCCUUUGACGUUGACAGUCUAUUUGUCUUCACCCACCUUGUUACCUACUGCGACGACAACUUUUGAUUCCUCCACGUCUUCCACGUCUUCCACAAUCGCAACCUCGGCGGGAACUGACUAUCCCUGGCAAGGGUCCUACCAAGACAAAGUUAUCUACAGCCACAACAUUCACCGAAUGAACCACAGCGUCCCAAAUCUACUAUGGAAUAAAACACUUGCGGACGCAGCUUAUUCAUGGGGAGCCAGAUGUCAAUUCAGACACAACACUUCACUCCUUCGAGGUGGUUACGGUCAAAACCUAGCUGCCAGCUCGCCUACAGCUAGUAUCUCGAUUCACAUCUCGGAUUACUGGUACAACAACGAGAUGAAAAUCUUCGCUCCUUAUUAUGGAUGGCCUAAUCCUGGAGAAUCGUCAAGUGGUCACUUUUCUCAGAUUGUCUGGAAGGAUACCGCGAGCGUUGGAUGUGCGACUGUUAAUUGCAGAUAUUCCAAUCUUGGGAUGUGGUAUACUGUGUGCAAUUACUACCCACCUGGAAACUGGGGAGGAGAAUAUGGUGAAAAUGUACUUGUGCCAAUUGGAAAUCCCACUGUUAGAGGGGAUCCAUCGGAUAUUAUGACCUCUAAUUUCUUGUGA